AUUUCGGUGACCAACAAAGCGGUUGGCAGCCUGCACAUUCCUCUCAGCACUGGUCAUCGCCACUUCGGAGCUGAACCCGAGAGGGCGUGUUUUAUAUAUUGAACAUUACUGGAGUUCCCCUGUUUGAGCACCGCUGCCCAUUGAAACGUUCUUCGCCGCAACGGGUCAAACUUUGAACCGUACGACGGAAUUUUUACUCGGGGCUUUCUCCGCAAUUGGUUUCUAAAUAAUUUCCGGAAGAUUAUAAAAGGCCACUUCUAUUAACAGCGAGCUGCUUGGUUGGGUGAGCGCAGUUUCCAAGUUAGAAGAGUAGUGAUCACGUCGACUCGGUUCCAGAGACAUGGAUUUUACAUUCGCCGCGUGCGGGAAAUUCCUUCUUAUUUUGAUACUAAGAUUAACAAAUGAAGUGUAUGGAUUUGAGGUUCGGGUGAAUGUGAGUCACAAAGCCGUAGAAUUCGGGGAGUCCCUGGAGGUGACCUGCAGUACAACGUGUAACAACCCAACAAUCAUUCUGGAAUAUAAACCAGGGCUAAAUCCCAACAGAACUGAAGCUGAUAAGUUGAUUACAGACCGAUUUCCGAGUAUCCAGAAAUGGGAUCUGACAGUGCCAUGUACUGUAAUCUGUUCAUCUACAGGAAAGGCAGUGCAGGAAAUGAAACUGGUGGUUCCAGUGUACAAUCGAAACUUAAGCAUUGUUCCACCUCCUGAAGUGCUGGAAGUUAACAAACCAUAUCAGCUGGAGUGCAUUGGCCCGAAGGUCUAUCCAAAGAACAAACUCGUACUCACCUGGCUCAGAGGGAGUGAGGUUGUUCAGCGUAAUUCCACAGAGGAACGAGGUUUCCCAGAAGAUGGUCCACUGAAGAACGUCCUUAAUUUCAAUCCAAGUAUUUCAGACGAUGGACUGGUGUACACCUGCUUGGCAGAGUUGAACUUGGACCCUGACAAGCCCAAAUGGAUCGCAAACGCAUCUGUGACUCUGAAAACUUACUCUUUUCCAGAGGCUCCAAGGAUCCUCAACAGAGACUCUGUAGAAGUAAAUCAGAAGACCACAUUGACGUGUGAGGUCUCAAACAUCUACCCUGCCGAGAAGGUGAGAUUAAGGUGGUUUCAAGAUGGUGAGGAAUGGAAUUCAGUUGCCAGUAGAUCAAAUCCCACCACAGUCCAGACAACAGCUACAUGGACACCACGAGAGACCGGUCUGACUGAACUCAACUGCAUGGCAGAUUUUGAGGACUAUCCAUCAGUUUCAUCAAAGAAUGAUAGCAUUACCAUCGACGUGUACGUUUUCUCCAACCCUGAAAUCCAAAUCCCGAUCACCACUGAGGGAAUUCCAGUGAAUAUUACCUGCAGUGUGUUUAACGUCUCAGGGGAACUUCAACUCAGACUGAUAAAGGGAAGUGAGAUAUUAGUGAACAGGUCAGCCAGUACUGGGCUGACUAUCUACCACACUGUGAAUCCACGAGCAGAGUUGAAUGGACAGCAGUUCACCUGCGAGGCCGAGCUGACACUUCACCAUCACUCCAACACCAUUGUUAAACGGUGGUCAGCCACUCUCGAUGUCCAGUAUUCUCCAAGGGAAGCACAGAUCUCUGGAAAGCAGGACUGGAUUGAAGGGCAAUCCCAGAUUUUAACCUGUCACGCAGAUGCCAACCCAGUUCCGGAGGUGCGCUGGAUCAAAGAUGGAAAAACGAUCAGUAGUGGUGAGACACUGCACAUCCACUCAGUCCAACUGGGAGACAGUGGUCAGUACAUGUGCAGAGUCCGCAAUGAUAUUGGUUCCACCAACUCCUCUCAUCGUGCAGAGAUUUUGUAUAAACCACAAAACACAACUAUAUCAGUAAAUAACAAAACCGUGUCCGGGUUUUCAGUGUUCAUCAGAGUAGAUGAUGAAGUUACAGUCACCUGUCACUCCAGUGGAAACCCCCAAGUAACACUGACGUGGGAAAGACCCGGUCAGGGAGUCGCAGGGGAAACCGACCUUCCUGGGGUUCUUCACAUUUCCCAGGCAACAUCAGAACAUAAAGGAAUUUACAAGUGUAGAGCCAGGAAUAAACUUGGAACAGAUGAGAAGCAAGUGGAAAUCAAGAUGGAAGGUGAUGUUUGGAAGAUGGUGUUGAUCUUGCUACUCAUCCUAACAGUGUUACUCGCGCUGGUCAUCGCCUUCAUCCUAAGAAACAGAGCUCGGAAAACAGGGCAUUAUGAGGUCAAGAAAGCAGCACCCCACAAAAAUCUGGAAAUCCCUUCUGGGAUUGAUCAGGAAUCUUUUCCUUUAACAGAAGUGAAUUCAGACGGAGUUCUAAACAAUAACCACUCACAAACUAAUGUACAUGGUGUUACAUCUAUCAAUUCUGCACAGAUAAAACAAUAAUUCAAUGAGUAUUGUUACUGAGGGAGACUACUGAUUCUAAUACUACAGUCUACCGGCAACAUAUACUGUGCUAAAUGCAAGGACAUUCCCAGGAGUGUUGAAUUCCGGGCUGUUUUGAAUCAAUUCAUCAGAAAGUUGACUUGUAUUUCUACGAACACGGAGUCACCACCUGAACAUGGGCAUCAAGACUAUUUCAGCAGUAAGGCCAUCUGAGUCUGGCAACUUGCCGUCCCACUCAUGGAAAUUACCGUUGGAUCACAGACUUGUUCACGUGUUGCAAUCAUCUACUUCUGUGGUAACUAUCUGCUUAAGUGACACAAAUAUUGUCUUUAUAUUAUGUUACAAGUGGAUAAAAUGUGAGGCAACACCUUUCGCAACAUUCUCAUCCUCUGGUUUAAAUAGUCGAUAUUGGAUUGCUUUCUAUCCCUGUAAUCUCCUCCAGUUACACAACUCCCCGAGGACUUUCUGACUGCCCAUUGCUGAUUCAUCCCUGCACUAGGGGGAGCUGUGCCUGCAGCUGCCUUCAGUGUUAAACUCUGCAGUUCCCUUCCCAGACCACAAGGUGUCUCUCUCUUGCUUUUUAAUCAUCCCCUGGUGUCGAGCGGUGUCCGGUUCUGGGAGCGUUAUAAAUAGAAGUCAGCGGCAUUCUGUCCGAGCGCACUUCGAAAUAAAUUCACAACCGGAGAGAAGAAAUUCCUCCCUAAUUCAGUUCCAAAUGACCAUCCACUCACCCCGAAACUUUGCCUCCAGUUCCACAGUCUUCCAUUUUUAGAAAGAGCAGCCAUCCUGGUCCCAUUCACAUUGAGAAGGGUUCUUCUAACCUCCAGUGGUUAGUGGUACACCACCAGUUUGUCGAGAGGUGCAUUUAUAAUCUACACAAAUUAUCUUCCGUUUGUUCAAAUCAUUCAGAAAAAUAUGGAAAAGAGCUGGUCCGUUUCUCCAUAAAAGCUGGCUGUACACAAUUCUCAGGGCUAACAUUUCUCAUUUCACACAGUCGACAAGCAGGGAGAUACGUUGAGCAACACAGAAAAAUUGUUGGAGGAACACAGCAAAUCUGGCAGCACCUCUGGAAGUGAAUAAACAGUCGACUUUUCAGGUGGAGAACCUUCAUCAGGACUGGAAAGGAAGGGGGAAGACAACAGAAUUAAAUGUUAGGGUGAGGGGAAGGAGGAUAGUUAGAAAAUGAGAGGUGAAACCAGGUGGGAAAGGUAAAGGGCUGGAGAAGGAGGAAUCUGAUAGGAGAGGAGAGUGGUUCAGAGGAGAGAGGGAAUGAGGAGGAGCACCAGGGGGAGGUGACAGGCAGGUAAGAAGUGCUGAAAGGUCAGAGUGGGGAACAGAAGAAGAGGGGAGCGUUGAGGGAAAAUUCUCUUUACCUGAAUGAAAAAUCAUUAUCCAUUAUAAAGAAAUACAAUAAUAAAGAGGGAAUCAAUUUUAUUUGCUGUAUACAAUUAGGAAUUUGCUGUGGUGUGUUGGUGUGACAAAAAACAACACUAUUAAAGACUAAUAUAAAAAUAUAGUUCAAAGUAGAGAUAUGGUGUCAAAUGUGCAUAAAUAUUCGCAUAUAUUUGUCUAGCUUUGUUAAACACUUGACUACCAUUCAUGCUCUGCAUCUAGAACAAGGUCGGAUCUGGGAGGGAGAGUAAUUCCAAUAAUCUUGCAGCCAGAAUAGUUCUGAGAGUCCAUUGAAAUUGUGGUUACUGCCAGAGGAGCUUGUGCUCUGGGACUGGAAUUGGAAUGAGUGCAUUAUCGUCGUAUGUACAGAGAUACAGUGAAAAGCUUGUCUUGGUUACUGUACAUACAGAUCUAUUCAUCACGCAAUGCACUGAGGCAGUACGAGGGAAAACAAUAUCAGAAUGCAGAGUUAGGUGUAACAGUGACAGAGGGUGUAGUGCAGGCAGAAAAUAAGGUACAAGAGCAUAACGAGGCAGGUUGUGAGGUCAAGAGUCUAUUGUACUGAAACAGCAGGGUAGAAGCAGUCCCUGAGCCUGUGCUAUGUGCUUUCAGACUCUUGUAUCUCCUGCCCAUACGGAGAGGGGUGAAGAGAGAAUGUCCGGGGUGGGAGGGGUCUUUGACGAUGCCAGUUGCUUUACUCAGGCAGUGAGACGUGUAGACAGAGUCUCUGAAAGGGAGGCUGGUUUCCAUGAUGUGCUGAGCUGUGUCCACACCCUCUGCAGUUUCUUGUGUUCACGGGCAGAGCAGUUGUCGUACCAAGCCCGAGAGAGGCUGCUUCCCAUGCUGCACCAGUUAAAAAUCGGUCAGAGUCGAUGGGGACAAAUCUUCUUUCUUUAGCCUCCUGGGGAAGUAGAGGCAUUGGUGACAUUUCCUGGCCAUGGGAUCUGUGAGGAUGGACAAGGACAGGCUCACCCACACUGCUGGGAACUUGAAGUUCUUAACAGUCUCAACCACAGGUUACGCAGACAGGUGCGUGUGCACCCCUCCACUGGCCAACCCCCACCCAGCCUUCCUGAAGUCAAUGACCAGCUCUUUGGUGUUGCCUGAACUGCGAAGGGUUGUUGUCUAUCUGACUCCUUCCUGUACACAGACUCAGUUAUUUUUCUAUCGGUCUCCUUCCUGUGAUACGGCCUGCUACGCAACCUGUAAGUCAGAUGUUCCCAACCUUUUUGAUGCCAUGGACCCCUACCAUUAACUGAGGGGUCCAUGAACCCCCAGGUGGGAACCACCGGUAAAAAUGGAGUUAGAGCAGAAUCUGACAGUGUGUGGAAUGCUCUGCACCAGUGUUAUACAGUGACAAACACAUCCCCACCAUUACUGUACCCCAGUGUUACACAAUUACAGACCUGUCCCCACCAGUACUGUACCCCAAAGUUAUAACUACAGACCUGUCUCCACCAUUACUGUACCCCAGUGUGAUAUAUUAACUGUCAGAUGUCCAUUUUAUUCCUGUAACUCUUAAUUAUUUCUGAAUUACUUUUCGUGUUAAAUUCAUCUCAUUUCUGUCUCAGUUUUUGACUCGCCCAGUUCUGUUUCCGAAAUCGAAAUAAUCAGGCUCACCACUUAUCACUGCCUUGAGCUUACUGUUUUUACAUAACUACUUUGUGGACUCAAUCGAACUGCAAACACUUUAUACUGUAUUAUAAACAGUUUCUGUUACAGCAUUACAGGUAUAUCGGUACAUGUUUCACUGUCAUAUCUUUAAGCUUUUGUUGCAGCCGGUGACUGGAUAUUUACUGUGUGUUUCAUUACAUAGACACCCAUAAACCAUGUCUUGUGCAGACAAUAUUUUCAGCACUGCUGUUCAUGUUCCUACCACUCAGCAACAUUGUCGAUAUUGAUAUAAAAGGGCUGUUUCUAGUCAACAUGUUUGUAUAAGUAAAGUUUAAUGAAGUGAAUGUAUAUUUUGAAGAAAAUGUAUUUUGUCGGUGAAGCAUGAUUAAACAUCAAUGUUGGUGAGAAGAAUCUUUUCACACCAUGGUUGGUGUUGGAAGUAACUGAAGCCAUGUCUCACUCGGGUGUGCUUGAUCACACAUCAGGCACAAUGGCCAACACCCAACAGGGUUCUGCAGACGUUUCUCACCAUCUAUUUUUUAUUGUUUUUAUUUAUUGAGACACAGUACAGAACAGGCUCUUCUGGCCCUUCGAGCCACACCACCAGCACCCCACCAAUUUAAUCCUAGCCUCAUCACGGGACAGUUUACAAAGAACAAUUAACCUCAUAACCAGCACCCCACCGAUUUAAU